AUGGCUGAAAUCUCAAGAACCCAAACUCAAACCUUAUUCUGCACUGUCCCAUUCUACGAAGACCAAAUCAAAGUAACAGUUACAAAAACAGCUUCCAUAGUUGAUCAAUGGAUCGGUCAAACAAUCCACAUUCACCGUAAAAGACUCCACAAACUCCUUAUUGGUUUAGACAUUGAGUGGUUAGCGGCGCGUACUAACCACGACAACCAAAACCCCGUUGCGCUUCUCCAGCUUUGCGUUGGUCGUCGUUGCCUUUUAUUCCAACUCCUCCAUGCAGACUACAUACCGAACUCUCUUUAUGCUUUUCUUGGAAACCCUAAUUUUACGUACGUAGGUGUUGGCGUGCAUGGCGAUGUUUUGAAGUUGUUUAAUGAUUACAGGUUGGUUGUAGCGAACCCGGUUGAUUUGAACAGGUUAGCAGUUGUUGUUAGGGAAGUUGAGGAGUAUGGGAGGAUAGGGUUGAAGAGAAUGGGGUUUGAAGUUCUUGGUAAAGUUAUGGAGAAGCGUUUUAGUGUUACUAUGAGUCAAUGGGAUGCUGAAGAUUUGGUGUAUGAACAAGUUGAAUAUGCUUGUAUUGAUGCUUUUGUGUCUUUUGAAAUUGGGAUGAAUUUGUUUUCUGAGAUGUUGAACACAGUGGAGUAUUGA